UUUCGUGUUGGCGUACACGCGGAGUCGCGAUUCGCCCGCCCUAUAAGACACUCUGCCCCUUUCCCCGAGCAGCGCCUCUGCCCUGCCCUCUAUCCGUUCCCCCCACCUCCGCCCCCCUUCGCGCGCGGCGUGUGCGUGCGUUCGUGUUGUGCGGGCGGGCGGGCCGGCUAGUUAAAUGGGCGACCCGGGUGGCGGAGACUGCCGGGAGGCGGCGGCGGCCGAGGAGGAGGCGCCGGCGCCGGCCGUAGGCGGGGCCGACCACCUGGUGGUCAUGGUCCACGGGAUCGUCGGGAGCACAGCCGAUUGGAAAUAUGGAGCUGAGCAAUUUCAUAAGUUCCUACAAGACAGAGUCAUAGUUCAUUGUAGUAACAGCAACAUGCACAAGCUAACUUUAGAUGGCAUUGAUGUGAUGGGUGAACGGUUGGCACAAGAGGUUAUUGAAGAAAUCAACAAAAGACCACAGAUAACAAAGAUAUCUUUUGUUGCGCAUUCCGUUGGAGGAUUGGUUGCAAGAUAUGCCAUCGGAAGACUUUAUAGACCUCCUGGACAAUCACUUGAAAAUUCUCCUCAAAGUUUGAGAGACAGCAACAGAGGCAAUAUACAUGGGCUUGAUGCAGUCAACUUCAUAACUGUUGCAUCACCACAUCUUGGUUCUAGAGGAAACAAGCAGGUUCCUUUCCUUUUUGGAGUUACUGCGAUAGAAAAGUUUGCGUGCUGCAUCAUUCACUUCAUAUUCAGAAGAACCGGCAAGCACCUAUUUCUUACUGAUAAUGAUGAUGGAAAGCCUCCGUUGUUGCAACUUAUGGUGGAUGAUUGUGGGGACCUACGGUUCAUAUCUGCUUUGCAAGCAUUUCAGCGAAGAGUGGCAUACUCCAAUGUUGGUUACGACCACAUUGUUGGAUGGAGGACAUCAUCAAUCAGGGGGGCCUCCGAACUACCCAAGUGGGUUGAUUCGACAAGCAAGGUUUAUCCACAUAUUGUAUACGAGGAACUAUCCAAAGCAGAAACUCUUGAUCAAUGUGCUGAUGUUGCUGAUAUGGACAAGGAUAACUGCACUCUCGAAGAAAGGCUUUUGAGAGGACUUAAGCGUGUGUCAUGGGAAAAGGUGGACGUCAGCUUCCAUAAUAGCAAAGCAAGAUCUGCUGCACACAGCGUAAUUCAGGUGAAAGAUCCCGUCAUGCAUAGCGAAGGGGCCGAUGUAAUAAAGCAUAUGAUCGACCAUUUCGUUACCUAGUGGACAGCCCCCCAUCUCUGGAAACAAAGAUUGUGUUGUGAUCGUACACGAGUUGCUAACUGCGGAGUCGCCGAGCCUGGUGAGCACGUUUAUGGCAAUCCCAGGAAUCAAGUUCAGAUAGACGGCGUUCAGAAAGUUGAAAGUGUUUGAUAUAAGUAAAUAUAUGUAGGGUCGUGCCAUGUCGUUCACUAAUCUUUCGCAAUUAUUAUGCAAUAUGUAUGUUGUGCGGUGUGAGCGUAGUAUCGGCUUUGUAUACUUGUAAAUGUCCACCACUGUUUUAUCAAUGUUGAUACGUUGGCGCGCAUCUUUUAAGGGGAAA